UCAAUUGGGGAGAACGUUCGAUGGGUCUUGCCAGGAAGCUAAUCUUGAAGACAUAUGCUGUACCGUCUUGAACAGUGGGUCUUGCAAGUGCUGACGAUAAUGCGCGGGACAGCAUGACUGGUGGACUCAAGGACGGUGAAACUGACGAGGGAUUUCUUCACUCGCAGUUCAUCAGGAAACAAGGGAACAUAUACAAACCAAAUAACAAAGAGAUGGAUAACGACAGUAUGAGCGGGAUGAAGACGAUGCAGGACGUCCACACGAAAGAGAUCGACCUGGUGAACCGGGACCCCAAAUACUUAAACGACGACGUUGUCAAGGUGGAGUUCGAGGAUGUGAUCGCGGAGCCUCCGGGGACAUACAGCUUCGAUGGCGUGUGGAAGGCCAGCUUCACCACUUUCACGGUGACCAAGUACUGGUGCUACCGUCUCCUUACCGCCCUGGUGGGAAUCCCGCUGGCGCUGGUCUGGGGCAUCUUCUUCGCCAUCCUGUCCUUCAUCCACAUCUGGGCGGUGGUGCCGUGCAUCAAGAGCUAUCUGAUCGAGAUCCACUGUGUCAGCCGUGUUUACUCCAUCUGCAUCCACACCUUCUGCGAUCCUCUGUUUGAAGCCAUGGGCAAGUGCUUCAGCAGCGUCCGCAUCAGCACCACCAAGGGGGUGUAGAAGAAGAGGAGGAAGAAGAGGAAAAUGAAUGGAGGAUGUGGGGAGGAUGGUGGGAAUGAGGUGAGGGCUGGAAACCAUAAUAUAUUUUAAAGGGAGAGAAGACACCUGAAGAAACUGAAAGAAAAGAGAGGGAGCAACCUUUUUUUGAUCAAAGAGGGUGAGACAUUUCUAGAGCUGUGGGCGGGAUGUUGGCGGCGAGGGGGCGGAGACACAGGGAGUACCUUGCCCCGCCUCUCUUUCUCCGUCUCCCUCUCGAUGACUAUCGUUUCUCUCUCCAGUGCUGGUUUAACCAACAACAGGGGCACAUGAUUAUGUCAAGUCAUUCCUUUGGGUCUUUGUUUAUAUUUUUCAUUUUGUUUUUUGUUAGUGUUGUUUAUCAUUGCAGGAGCACCACCACGCUAGCCACCCCACCCCCACUCCAUUAUUCCUAACAUUAUUCCGAAAUGUUGUGUGAUCCUUUCUCUGAUUAAUGACGGGUAUGAUUGGUUGAAUUAUUGAUUGAUUGAUGAGUUAGUUAAUUGAUUGAUAGGCUCAUAUGAUGGAUUUUGGUGUCCUCUCUGCUGGGUUUGUGUUCCUAUUUUUGGGAGGGUAAAUGCUUUGGGUGCGGGGGAAGGGAUAUCCCCGUGCCUGUCCCAUUGAGUUGUUUGGAGAGAGUUGACAAAUCCCACCUGACACAGCACAAAAUCCUAGAGCCAAAACCCUCUCAAUACCCCUCUCUCAGUCCCACUACCCCCCCCCACCUGACCCCCUCACACACCCUCCACCCCGCUAUGCCUGCCGUGACUCCGAGUCUGAAACACUGAACCUGCCCUUGUUUCUGCAUGCACCACCACCUCUGCAAAGCCACCGAGCCAACCAACACGCCGCUGUCAGUCUGCAUGUCCUGACAGACAGACAGGCAGGCAGACACACGGGUACAAGACAACCACCUGAUGACAUCAUAAUCACUCUCUCCAUCAACACUGUUUUGUUCCAGCUCCAAUCCAAGCAAGAGAGAUGAAAUUCUAUGACAACAACCAAGUCUACGAACGGAACAGCCUUCAUGGUAUAUACCAUUUUUCUAUGUGGCCGAGGAUUUUUUUUCAUGUUUGCCUUUGAAUCUCAAAAAAAUAUCACUUGAAGUUUGUUUCAUUACAUUCACACCUGUGGGAUCUUCUUUUAAACCACGUGAGGUCUCUUCUCUGUAGAGGGAGGGUUGAACUUUCAAUGUUGAUGCGCAUUUGCUGUAGCCGUAGCUAAAUAACCAUGCUUUAUCUACACUUUAUGAAGAACUUUUUGUUUUGAGCUUUGUUUGCCCAAUGUAUGCAACAUUUGAGUUGCGUUGUCUUUAAAAAAAAAAUUUUUUACUCCA